GGAACAGCUAAAAAAGAAAAAGAAGAAGAGGAAGAGGAUCCCGGGUCCCCGUGCGUCGAGGUGUCUAUACCGAGGGAGGACAACAUCAGCUGAUCAGCCUCAAAGUUCCCUGGUGGCUCACGUCAAGCAGUGGGAAUGGGUUCCUCAGGCGAGGGAGGAGGAGGGAGGGAAGAACGAUGGUGGGAGAACCCCAAGCUGUCUCCAGCUGACCUGCGACAGCAUUCAGAAACAUGGAGCCUUGCUGAUGAUGCUGCCAUGGCAACCCUCCUACAGAGCAUUUCCCAGCGUUUGGUGUCACGAACUCAUGAGGUGGAGGAAGCUCUUGAGAGGGUUUUGGAGGACACGGAUUGCAUUGUCACUAAUAUUGCCAACACCAACAAUGCCUUCCACAUGCUAGCCAACACACAAUUUAUUGAGAACAGAACAUAUCAAGAUGAUGCAGAUAUUGCAAGAGAGAAGCAAGAGACUUCAGAGAAGCCACCAGUAACUGAGGAAGACAUCUUGGGAAAGUGUAGGACAGCCAUAGAAGACGGCCUCAGUUUGGUAACCAAAAGUUAUGAGCGUCAUGAAAUUCAAGACUCAGAUUCAGAUGAUGACGACACCGCUGGCAGCCCAGUACCUGUGUAUGCUCUCAUUGAUCCCUAUGAGAGCAAGCCACUGCCUCUCAUCAUAGGGACAGAGGGCUUCCUGGCAGAUGAUAAAGUGGGCCUGGAAAUAUCCUCUAGUGAAGAAAACUCUAGAAUGACUUUCAGCCCUGAUGACACUGAGAGUGAAGAAGAGUUGGAAGAUGAGACAGACCGUGUAACUCUGCAGCAAAGGGCCAUCCCAGCCAGCAGCUCCAGGGCAUUGGAUGAUGACAGUGACUCUGAGUGGUCAGGUGAAGACGGUCCCUUGCCAGAGAAAAUCAUAUCUAUUGUAGGGAAGCAAACACAACCACAGCUGUCCAGUGAGGAGGAAGAUGAUGAAAUGUUUGUGCCUUCAUCCAGGAACUCUAAAAAAGUGGGCAACAUCUUUUCCUCAGCUCACAAUGCUGGGGCGACCAUACCCACCGUUGAUGCCAACAAAAGAACAGGUGUGGACUCUGACAGUGAAGAUGAAGGGUUGUUUGGCAAAGAGCAAAAGUCAUCAGGCUUGUUUAUUAAACCCAAGUUACCACCACAGACCCGUGAAAAUACCAAACCCAGCCUUAGUAGGGCCCCAGACACUCUACCCUCCUCAGCACCAUCCAACCCAUUAGGAGUAGAGAAUGUCAGGGCCAUGCCACAUGUAACCCCAACCAAAGUGCCUGUCCCAAGUAAGCCAAGGCAGGUUGAAAGCAAUCUGUUUGAUAGUGACUCGGAUGAUGGAGAUCUCUUUUCCAAGAAGCCAGCACCUUCAGAAAAAGUAUCAAAAGUCACAGAGCAAAAUCUGGGUGAGACUCAAGCAACCAGUUCAGGUGGACUCUUCUCCAGUGAUGAGGACUCACCACUCUUCUCAGGUCUCCCACAAACACAAGGACCUGGGAAUACCAAAGAAGAUAAUGAGGAGCCUCCACCUAAGCCCAAGGAGUCAGGAAGGAAGGUUCCCGUUGGAGGUGUUAACAUCUUUGGGGCAGCCAUCACUUCUGCCCUCCGAAGACAGCACUCCUCAGAUGCAGAGUCUUCAGAUAAAGAGGAUGACACAGAACCUGAUACAAACAGCAACAAAGAAUACAUGCCACCUCAAUUAAAGCCAGAUGACAAGCCCCCUCCAAAGGUUUCAAAUUCCACAAAAGUGUCAGAAAAAGGUGGCUUAUUUGAAUCUGAUGAUGAAGAUAACUUGUUUGAAACACCUGUCAAAAAACCUGUCUCUGGCUCAAAAGAUGUUGCGAAAACCCUGGCGAACACUGUACCAUCUCUUCUUGACAAUAAUACCAAGACUCAAGAAGAGAAGGAUCCUUUAGACAAUGAACCUCCUAGUCUGUCUUGGAAAAAUGAUAAUUCAAAAUCAACAAUGGGGUUGUUUUCAGAUGAUGAUGAUGAUCUUUUUGGCAUACCUACUACAACAAAGAAGAAUGAUAUCUCGGUACCAGGAACUGAAGCACCAAUUACAAAGGAGAGCCCACCCAAAAUUACUCCAGUGCCUUUCAAAAGUGAGGAGUCAGCAGCAUCCAGGCCUACCUCAAUAUUUGCUUCACCACCUGAGUGUCCAAAACCUUCAGAGCCAGUCAAUAUUUCUGAGCCAUUGAAGACUAGUCAUUCUCUAUUCAGCUCUCCAAGUGAUGAUGAUGAUGAUUUAUUUUCGUCUCUUCCAAAACCUAUUGAAAAGAAGCCCCCUGCAUCAGCCUUCAUGAGAGACCCACCUCCUCUUCCACCACAGUCCAGUGCCAAGAAAGCAGAGUCAUUUAGUAAAGGCCCAACACCGCCUGAUAUGUUUCCUAAUUCAAAUAACAAUAAAUCUAUAAAAGUAAAUCGUGAAGAGAAACCCAAAGAAACAUCAAGUUUGUUUGGUUCUCUGUCUGAUGAAGAAGACAUCUUUUCUCCAGGUCCUCCAUCUAAGAAUUCACAAGCUGUUCCAUCUCUGCCAAGCAAAGAGGAAACUGACCCCUUUGGAGAACCUCAGUUGGUUAAAAAGUCUACUGCAACAGAAAGCUGUGAAAGUGAAAAUCAACUUGGGAAGGAGGCAACUGAAGGAGUAUCUGUGUUUCCAGAUGAGUCUCCAAAUAGUGACUCAAAUCAGAGUCCAAGGGUUGAUCAGAGCAAUAGCUUUUCUAAAGGAUCUUCAAAUUCAUUCUCAGAUACAAACAAUGAUAUUGCUAUAGUUAGCAAGGAAGAUGAUAUAUUUAACUCAACAGAGGAUGAUUUAUUUGAUGUCACUAAAAGAUUACCAAAGACAAGUAGUUCCUCCUUAAAAGAAGAUUCAUCUAGUCCUUUGACAAAUGAUGCACAACUUCAAACUAAUUCUAAAACUUCACCUGUAGUAUCAGAAGAUGCUGUUACCUCUUCUACUCCAAGAUCACUUAAAGAUGAUCUUAGUGCAUUAAGUGAAAAAACUUCAGAUCCAGUGAGUGUAUCAUCCUCUCCUGUUGAGCCUGAUGCUUCUGGGACAGAGAAGCCUAAAGAGAGUGUUGUUAAGCCACCAGUAGGUGGUGUUGCAUUAUUUAUUGGGAAGGAACUGGAUGCACAAAUCAACAAACAGAAAACUUUACUUAAAACUGUGAAGAAUAAAAACAAACAAAAUAUAGAUGAUAUAUUUGGUGACAUGAAUGAUUUUGAGGAUGAAGAUGAUGAUCAAAAUACACAUCUUGUAGAUGAUGACAGUAGCGAUGAGUUAUUUGGUAUCAGUAGUGGGCAAGGGAAAAGUCAACGUAGCUCUAGUGUACUUCUCAGGCAGAGUCCCCCAUUACUUCCUGAAGAAAUUCAGGAUAAUUCGAAAGCUGAAAAUGAUUUGUUUUCCAUAAAGCAAAAACCACCAGAAGUUCAAGAAGAAAUUUCUCAAAGAAUACCAAUAAAAUCAGAUGACGAGCCUGACAGAUCCCCAGACAGCACCACCACUCAACAAGAUUUAAAGUCUGACAAACCAGAAAAUCUUGAAGAAGGAAAGGAAACUAAAGAGAUUAGUCCUAGAAAGAAGCCUCCUGUCGGUGGAGUAUCAGUAUUUGGUGGCAGUGCAAUGAGAAACAAUGAGUUAUUUGCUAAGGUGCUACAGAGAAAAAGUAUGUUGGCUUGUGAGAGUGAUAGCAGUGAAGAAGAUGCACCCACUGAACCAGCAGACACAGCCAAACCCCUAAUAUUGCCAACAGAAAAGGGUACAACAGUCAAACCCCUAAUUUUGCCAACAGAAAAGGGUACAACAGUGUCUAAGUCAGAGAAACCUGUUAGUCCAGUUUCUCCACAUUCCAUCUACCCUCCUGUCUUUUCUCCUGAUCGUCCAGCAUCAAGAUCUGGUGGGGAUGAAGAUGCUGUCAGUUUUGAUGAUCCUGCAACACAAAGUAAUGUUUUACAGAGUCUGAACAAGACUCGAGCAAGAGGGAGCCUGAAGCGGCGACCUCCUAGUAGAGCCCACAGGAAAAAGGCUUCCGAUGAUCCUGAUCCGUCUGAUGCCCCACAAACAUCUAUGUCUCCAGCCAUGUCAAGUAAUCAUGAACAUCACACCAUAACUGUUGAUACCAGCAAAACAGAACCUAAUCAGCCUGCUGAGAGACUACAAGAUCCACUGGUGGAGAAAGAUCAGAGAACGGUACCUGUGAGUGCUGAACAAAAAGAAGUAAAUAAUUCUACCAUCAAUGUAAAGACCAGUACCUCAAGUAAAGCUUCUGACUCUGCUAAGGGUCCUCUCGAGCCAGUUGGUGCCUCAACUGAAAAGAAAAAGAAAAAUGUGACAGCUGUUGAUAGCAAGGAUUUUCUUGAAGCUCCAAACCCAACUAAGAGUGGCAGUAAAGUAAAAGGCCACUCACUAUUUGAUGGAAGUGAUAGUGACGAGGACUUGUUUGGGGAGAAAAAGCAGAAGAAAGCUGCGAAGAACCCCACAUCAGCAGGAUCAACGACAGUUCCAAAGAUGAGAGGAACAAAGUCUAAAUCUCACUCUCUAUUUGAAGAUGAUGAUGAUGUAGACAUCUUCAGCUCAAAAAGUCAAGUAACCAAGACAUCAACUGGUGCAGCAAGAAGCAUUUCAGUAACGAAACCAAAGGGGAACUUAAAGCAAUCAAGUGAGCCAUUUGAAGACCCUCUCUUUGGCAAUCUCAAGAAAUAAUCCAGUAUUCCUAGCUUUUUGCUUAUGAAUAUUCGCAAUGCUCAAAGUUCUACAGGUAUUUUUUGCAAAUAUUUUCUGAAUAGGUUGACUCAGCACACACACACACACACACACACACACACACAUGAGAUGUGAAAAAGUUUAGCGAGAUGUGAAAAAGUUUAGCUACCCAAACAGAAGCAUUGAGCUGUGGAAUGGACUGGAGGAGGAGGUGGUUUGUGCAAGAAACAUUCAUGAUUUUAAGGAAAAGUUGGAUAAGAGAGGAUAUGGAGAUGGGACAGCGCGGCCUUAGCUCUUUUCCUGGAUGUCACAACUAGGUAAAUACAACUAGAUAAAUACACACACAUGCACAUUUCUAUAUACAGUAAAAUUUUGCAUUCCCUGAAUCAUGGUCAUUAAGAGUGCAACACUAACUCCUGUCCAGUGAAAAAUAAACAAUCCAACCAGAAGUGCCGAAAUGGCAAUGGCUGCCAUUCCCUCUAGAGUUCCCUCUUUUUUCCCAUGUAUUAAGAUUUUAUCAUACAUAAACAUAUUUCAGACAUUACCCAAUGUAUUGUGUUAACGUUAGAGAAUACACAAAAAUUGACGAGUUGAUAAAUAUUCAUUUAACGAAAAUAUAGUUUUUGCUGAUUACCUGACUAUGGGAUGUAUUAUUACAGGCUCUGCUAUCAGGGGCAGAACAUUGUGUUUCCACAGUUUGUCUUUCCUUCUGUACAGUGUUUUUAUUUUACAUUGCAGGUAAUGAAUUACAUAGUUCUUAGUACUCAAAUUAUUCCUGCUUUGAUUUCCACAGAAUAAGUAAUAUUAUUUAUGUAUUUUAAUGGGGUAAUCUUAUUAUUUUUCAAAGAUAAUAUGACCUAAUAUGGUCCAGUGCCUUAAUAGAAAUUUAGAGAUCUGAAGGUUUUAUCUAUACAAAGUAUGGAAUCAAAAUUAUUUUUUAAUGAUAGUUUUUCAACCUUCAUAUGAAUAUUGAUUGAAUGAACAGUAUUUGUAUGGGCUUGCUAAUCAAUACAAAUGAAUGUAAUCGCCUGAAAUAGGGGAAUGGAUGUUAUAUACAUUUAUCAAAUAAAAAAAUAAAUGAU